AUGGCUGGUUCUGGUAAAACUACCUUUAUGCAACGAAUAAACUCCCAUUUACAUGGCAAGAAAGAGCCUCCAUAUGUUCUCAAUCUCGAUCCCGCUGUACGAAAUGUUCCAUUCGAGAGUAACAUCGAUAUCCGCGACUCAGUCAACUAUCAAGAAGUGAUGAAAAGUUACAACCUCGGACCAAACGGAGGAAUUCUCACAUCACUCAAUCUCUUCGCCACAAAAAUCGACCAGAUAUUAACUGUACUCGAAAAGCGCACUACUCCCGAUCCUGAGAAGCCAAAUGCGACUCCUAUCAAACAUAUUUUGGUCGAUACACCAGGUCAAAUUGAGGUUUUCGUUUGGAGUGCUUCAGGAAGCAUUUUAUUGGAUUCUUUGGCAUCAACUUUUCCUACAGUUAUCGCAUAUAUCAUUGAUACACCAAGAACAUCUUCUACGAGUACUUUUAUGAGUAACAUGCUGUAUGCUUGCAGUAUUUUAUAUAAGACAAAAUUACCAAUGAUUUUGGUAUUCAACAAGACGGAUGUUAAGGACGCCGAAUUUGCCAAGGAAUGGAUGACGGACUUUGAGUCUUUCCAGGCUGCUCUAAGAGAAGAGGAGGAUGCAGGAAGUUUUGGUGGUCUAGAAGGGGGUGCUGGUGGAUUAGGUGGUGGUAGUGGAUAUAUGGGAUCAUUACUCAACAGCAUGAGCUUGAUGUUAGAAGAGUUUUACAGCCAUUUGAGUGUGGUGGGUGUCAGUUCCAUGACUGGUGCUGGUAUCGAUGAGUUUUUCGAAGCUGUGUCAGAAAAGGCCGAGGAGUUCGAAAGAGAUUAUAAGCCAGAACUGGAACGACGAAGAAAACAGAGAGAUGCAGAGAAAGAAGAAAAUCGAGAGAAGGAACUGGACAAAUUGAUGAAGGAUAUGGCCGUUUCGGGAGAACCUUCAUCUAAGGCUAAGGGUCCGCCAAACGCCAAACUCUCUACCGAUUUGGAUACGCUAAGUGAUAUGGAAGACUCUGAUGACGACUUGGCAGCCGGUGGAGAUGAUGAUGAGGAUGGUGGGGAUAAUGUUGAAGGUUUAAGUUCAAGGUACAAGGCAGCCUUAGCAGAUGGAGGAGGCCCAUCUAAUGCGGAUGAUCACAGCUUUACUCGAUAUAUCAGGGCAAGUCAGAUGAAGAACAUGCAAUAA